UAACAUAUAAAGAGAAUUAAAAAGAGAAAAUAAAUUUAUGAAAAUAUAGAUCUGCGCGUGAGACUGGAUUUUGAUCCCAGAAAAUCUGUUAAACACAAUAUUCUGGAAAAUUUAAUUUUGCAUUUACCAGCUGUUUCUUUCUCACUAAUUUUCCAUUUUUAUAGCUUCUUUCUCCAACACAUAACUUUCUUCAACAACGUUUUCUAUUAAACCCUAAAACACUGUCGGAGGUUUUGUGUUACUUUGUUUACUUCUCUCCCACGUAAUGGAUCCGUGCACUUUCGUACGUAUUACUGUCGGAAACUUGGUUGUUAGGGCAUCGCCAUCUGUUUCGGACGCAGCACCCGGUAACUGGUUCUGUAAGAUCAAAUUCAAGAGUUUGCCACGCCAAGUCGUUGCUGUUCCCGUUCUGUUUCGAACCGAAUCAGAAUCCCAGUCCCGGUUGUGCUCCGGUGAUGUGCCAACCGUUUCUGCCUGCUUCACUCUAAGCAAGGCUCAGAUCGAAUGGUCUCUUAUGAAGCCUGAACGGAAUGUCCUCACUGUCGAGGUUUAUUCCUCUGUUCCGUCGUGUGGACUCGUCCCUUCUUUGGGUGAGAAGCUGAUUGGUCGCUUUAAGGUUUCGCUGGACUUGAAGAUGGCGGAGACAACGUGUUUGGCUCACCACGGGUGGAUUGAGUUGGGCACUAAUAACAAGUCAAAGAAGAAGAAGAAUCCGGACCUCCACGUUACCGUACGGGUUGAACCCGACCCGAGAUUUAUGUUUCAGUUCGACCGCGAGCCCGAGUGUAGUCCCAAAAUUUUUCUGGUACAAGGAAACAAGAAAGAAGCUGUUUUCACAUGCAACUUUGGAAUCAGAAACUCCCCGAAUUUUACUAGGUCAGUAAUAUUUUUUUCAUAUGCUUUUGGAUUAUCGUGCAUGACCACUGGAAGGAAACAGACAUGGAGGGCGAGAAAAGGUUGGUCGAUAACGAUCCAUGAUCUCUCUGGCUCACCAGUAGCUAUGGCUUCGAUUGCCACACCUUUCGUACCAUCACCCGGUUCCAAGCGCGUGUCUAAAUCAAGCCCCGGCGCGUGGCUCAUCCUCCGGCCUGAUGGCUACAUAAUGAAGCCAUGGGGUCGUCUUGAGGCAUGGCGUGAACCUGGCUUCUCUGACAUUCUCGGUUACCGGUUCCAUUUAUUUCAAGAUGACAUCGCUUCUGAAAUCUUCUCAUCGUCUUCGAUCAGGACGAAAACAGGAGGGAGCUUUGUCAUGGACGGAACCAUCGCUGCCGCGGACACCAACACGGCAGCUUCUUUGACACUGUCGGAUGGAAGCUUUGAUCUGUCUUCCCGGAUGAGUACUGAAUCAUCAAAAAACCGUUCAGGAUGCGGGUCGGAUUUCGGGUUUCUUCUACCGCAAGCGCAACAAAACUUGGGGUUUGUGAUGUCGACCACGGUGGAAGGAGUUGAGAAACAGAGCAAGCCUAAGGUGGAAGUAGGGGUCAAGUAUGUGAAAUGCGUGGAGGAUGCGGCGGCGCACGUGGCUUUAGCAGCGGCAGUGGAUUUAAGCAUGGAUGCUUGUAGACUGUUCUCUCACAAGAUAAGAAAAGAGCUGAGACAGCCAAGAAUCGUUUAAGGUUUAUUGCUUUUAUGAUUAGUUGUCUUUUUCCACUGGAGUAAUUGUCUCUUGUGGAAAAGUUUAAGAAAGAGUAUUUUUUUUUUUAAUUUGAUGUUUCAUGUUAGAAUUUGAACUUGUAAAGUCCAAAUAUUAAUCAUGUCUCCAAUUAUUUUCAAACAAGUUCCUUACUUCAUAGUUUAACCUUGAAGACAAACAAGAAUAUCCAAACAGAAUAUGCACUGAAACCUCUAUAAAUUAAUAAUGUUGAGACUACACCAAAACUAUAAUCUGUUUAUUAAUUUAUAGAGAUAUUAAUUUAUCGAUAUAUAAAUUGAACCAACAAUUCAAUUUGGGACUAUAAAAUUAUAUUAAUUUAUGGAGAUUUUUAGUGUAUAUUAAUUUAUAGAGUAUUAAUUUAAAGAGGUUAUACUAUUGACAAUGGAGUAAUUUAUUCACUUAUUGUUGCCUUCUACAUUUCUACUUCUGGUUUUAGAAUGGUGGAAAACAAUUUGAUUAACGGAUCAUUAUGAUUUUGAUCAUUAGAAUAUUAUUAUAAAUUAAAUUUAAUUAGAAUUUUAUUAUUAAAAAAAUUAUGUGAUAUUUUAAAUAAAUUUUAUAAUUAUACUUUAUAUUAUAUUAAAAUAAAAGUAAUAUAUGAAUUAAAUAUGAUAAAAUUGGUAAUUUUUUCUAUUUUAUUUUUUAAAUGCUUUAAUUAAAUAAAUAUUUCUAUUCACUGUUAUCAGAUUAAAAUUCGUAAACUAUCUAUCUAGUAUUUUUGUACGAAAAAAUAAAAUUAUUAAGAUAUGUUAAACUGUUAUAUAUACAACUAUUGCUAACAUCCAAAAAUAUCCUAUAUGGAUAAAAUUAAGUAAAAUAAAAUGAUUUAUGCUACUUUACAUAAAAUUUACUAAGGAAAAAGGAUUAUAUUGUUUUAAUGCAUUUACUUAUAAAAUCCCACAAAAUACUAAAAUGAUAGAUUUUAAAAUAUAUAUUUUUAAACACAACAUGAAAAUAUAAAUAUAUAAUGUGCGUUAUCUAGGCAUUUUGAGAAAUGCUAGGGUAUGUGACGCAUCUGAUAACGCACAUUGGAGACUAGGAGGAGGAAGGAUCCGUGUCUUCCAGGAUAUUAUUGAGCAGAUUCAAGAACGACCUGUACCUGUUAAUGACCUAGGUCCAGACAUUGUUCUGUGGAAGCAUAAUCAAGAUGAUUAUAAGGAGUUUUUUUCAGCUACUAGGACUUGGGAACAAAUCAGAGUCAGACGUGAGAGAGUGGAUUGGAGCACUGUGGUAUGGUUCACGCAGGCUGUUCCUAGAUUCUCUUUCAUUACUUGGCUUGCAAUAAAGGAUCGGCUGUCUACAGGAGAACGUAUGAGGGUGUGGGGUUUACAUCAGGAGUGCUUGCUGUGUGGGGAGAGGAAUGAGACUAGAGACCAUCUAUUUUUUGCAUGUCCUUACAGCUAUAUGGUUUGGCUACGAGUGACGGGAAGACUUUUUGGUACUCGUAUAACACCAGAUUGGCAGGAUACUGUUGCAAGGAUACGCUAUGAUCGACGGUCAAAGCUGGAUACAGUCCUUGUCCGAAUGGUCUUUCAAAUGACAGUUUACCAUAUUUGGAGGGAGAGAAAUGCAAGGAGACAUGGGAAAGCUUGGAUACCUUAUGAGAAGCUGACCUCUCAGAUCGAUAAGACUAUGAGGAACAGAAUCUCUUCUCUGAAAUAUUCCUAUGGGGAUAAGCUAGCAGGACUGAUGAGGCGUUGGUUUGAAGUGACGAUGUGAGACAAGUUCUCUCUUAGCUGAAUUAGAAAUUUUUUCAUUUUUUGUUCUCUUUGGUUUAGAAGCUAGUUACUUUUGUUUUCUCUUUUUGUAAAUUUCUAUUAUUUUGCUGAUUAUCAAUAAAUUUGAAAUUUCAUCAAAAAAAUAUAAAUAUAUAAAUACCAUUCUACAGUAUAACUAAAUAAGCUUAUAAAGGUAAUGUAUGCAACAAGAGUUAAAAACAAAGUAAAAUUUAUAAAACAGAUCACUAUAUAUUAUUAAUGUCGAAUAAGAAACCUAAAAAUAAGAUUAUAGAAUUGCAUAUUAUAUAACACUAAAAUGUAAAUCGAAUAUUUAAAUUUUUUAUGAUAGUAUCACAUUUGUACUGGUAAAAAAUUUAUGUGAAGAAUGACCACCACAUAUUGCAAGUGCAUGGACAUGGUUGAAUGUUGUAUUUGUCUUUAGAUAAUAAAAAAACAAAUUAAGCUAAGUUGAUGACUAAGUAAAGUUUAUUUACUCACAAAUAACUUAAUCUAAGUAAAUUUGUUUUUUUAUUUACAAAAAUAAAAGAAGUAAAUUUGGUAAUGAAACAAAUUUAGUGACAAAUGACUCAGCUAAAUACAUUUGAUGACAAACCCAAGAUAAAUUGGUUACAAAUGACUAAAGCUUAGUAAACUUAGUGAUUAAUGUCUACAUUACUGUAUGACUAAAUUGAUAAAUCUCUCAUAUAAAUAUACAUCUUAUCUCUCCACAUAUAAAGUUCCAAGAAAAUCUCUAGUCUUUUUAAAAGUAAGUCUCGAGAAUUUAGCGUAGAUGUUAAGUUUGCGGAUUAUGUUUUGGGUGAUGCAAAACAAUCUCACAUGGUUUUAUCAUGGAAUUCAAAAUUGUAUAGAAACUGUCUCAUCUAUGGCGAUUUAUUGAAUUAAGAAAAGAGAUCACAUUUCAACUCCACAUUUUCGUCUAUUUACUUAACGAUUUUCAAACGUUUUAUCAUUUUAUAUUAUCGUUUCCAACUUGUUUUGUUUUGUAAUUUUCGAUCUUGAUUCUCGUUACCUAACAUAAAGUAUGUAGACUUUAGAGGCAAAGUGUUUAUCCAGUAGCCAACUAUAAAACAUUGAUCAAAACAGGACAUGUAUAGAUUAUCAGUUUGCAUUAUACGACUUGUUGAAUGAAGUAAGACACAUCCUCCUCAUACUCAUCAUAAUAAGCCGGCACAAUCGUCCAGUCAAAAAAGUCAGAAUAAGUUCUGGUCCAAAUAAGAUUCACUAAAAAGAACAAAACUUGGAUUCAUCCCCGUGGUAAAUUCUCUAAUUUACCUCAAUGACUAGAACCAAUCACAGUGCCAUGUAGGAUUAGUGAAAAAAGAAUAAAACUAAAAAGAAAAAAGCUAAAAAGGAAAACGAAGACGUCGCCGUUAAUGAAGAAUAUAAGGUGAUCUUUGUUUAUCUUUUAGGUUUUGAGCUUCAAUCCACGAUUGUUUUUACUUUUGUCUCCAAGGAGCUUCAAAUCAAUGACAGGCUUGUUAAUUUAUUUCAACACCAAGAACUGAUCUAGAUUUGAUUUAAUUCAACCCUAACACAUUUCUAAAGAAGGUAGAAAUACUAACCUUGAUCCAUGCUUGGAUGCAAUCCCACCAAUUGAUCUUCUCCUCUUUAACCUUCUCUUUGAUGAUUUUCUUGAUGGACAGGAAAUCCCAAACCUUCCUUAAUCUCCUCUUUUAGAUAUUAGUGUAGUGUUGUAAAGAGACUUCACGUCAUAUUGAUAAAAGGAGUACGAGUCCUUUUAUAAUAAUCUAAGAGACGUGCUGGUUUAUAUCCAUCAAACGGAUGUUUGUAACACAACUCUUCUUUAUAACCGAACUACAACAUAUACUCACAUAUAUAUUACAUUAUGGUAAUAUAUUCUAUUAUUACUACCUUGUAUAUAUAUGUGUAUAAUCAUAGGAUUAAGGAUAUUUAUAAGCCAAGGUAAAGCAGGAGGGUUAACAAUACACCCAUAUUCUAACUCAUUACUCGAAACCGAUCCAUCACGGUAUCAACUCUUAUAUUAGAAUAUAAAACAUUAAUAUGAACUUGAACUUUAUAUUAAACCAAUAGACACAUAGGUCACACAGAAUAUAAAAUAUUCUUACAUUCUCCCACUUGACCUUUGUAUCGACUUAAGGGUUCAAUAACUUUAAUGUGCACUUUUCUAUCGAGUUCACUUGAUCUUUAUUAAAAUUUGGAUUGAUCGAAUCAUGGCGGUUGUAUGCCAUUAAACGACAUAGUCCCUUCCAUGUAUCACAAAUCAAUUUUAAUUUUAUAUCAAACCUUAUAUGAGAAAAACUUUUAUUUCUCAAACCAACCAUAUGUUAUCUACAAACCAUAAGUGUAUACACAUACUUUAAUGAUAACAUAAUAAAUAAAUCAGAAACAUAACUUUAUGUGAAUUCUCAGUGUCAAAUACAUAAUAAGCAUCCCAUAACUAAAAUAGCAAAGCCUUAUCUAUAAUACCCAUACGUUCUACAUGGCCAUUGAACGCCUUGGGUGGUAAACCUUUAGUUAGCGAAUCCGCUACCAUCAUGUUCGUCCUUAUGUGCU